AAGCGUGGUUGAAAUGUGCAUUUAAAACAUGGAUUUGUUGUGGAUACCCGUUUUGGGCUCUCUGAUGUUGGUGGAAAUCUCGUGGACUCUACCCAUUGACAAAGAUCAGCAGAGGCUUGAGAAUGUGGAGCUGGCUGAGGAUUACCUCAAGAGGUUUUACAGUCUGAAUCUGGGAGACCACAGACCUCCAAUAAGAAGUGUGAGGUCUGCAUCCACCAUGGAGGCGAAGAUCCGAGAAAUGCAAAACUUCUUUGGUCUGAAGGAAACAGGAAAUAUGGAUACUCACACCCUGAAUGUGAUGAAGGAAGCAAGGUGUGGAGUUCCAGAUGUGGACAACUUCGGCUUUUACCCUAAUAGGCCUAAAUGGAAGAACCACAUCAUCACAUACACGAUUGCCAGAUACACUCCAGACAUGAAGAAAGAGGAUGUGGAAAAGUCUGUUCGUUCAGCCUUGAAGAUGUGGAGCGAUGCAACCCCGCUGAAGUUCAUCAAAAUCAACCAUCGAAAAGCUGAUAUUGUCUUCUCUUUUUCUCGCAGAACUCAUGGAGAUUUCUUUCCCUUCGAUGGACCUGGGGGCGUGUUGGCUCAUGCCUUCAUGCCAGGAAUGGGGAUGGGUGGAGAUGUGCACUUUGAUGAGGAUGAAACAUGGACGGCAGGGACUCAAGGUUUGUCAGUCAAAACACGAAUGCAGUUUGAAAGCCCAAAGAUGACACUAGGUUACAACCUGUUGAGUGUUGCAGCUCAUGAACUUGGCCACUCACUUGGUUUGACUCACUCGAGAGACCCCUCUGCUAUCAUGUACCCCAAUUACAGACAUCAGAGCAAUGCCAAGUACUCUCUCUCUAACGAUGAUGUGAUGGGGAUCCAAGCUCUGUAUGGUAGGCCCAGCAAAAAGAUGGAAACCCAGGUGGCUUCAAAAAAAUGUGACCCAACGUUUCCCCAACAUUUUGAUGCAGUAACACUGAUUGAAAAUGAGAUUUGUUUCUUUAAAAACAGACACAUGUGGAUGAGAACAACAAGGACAACUUAUUGGAAUCGUUUAACACAAGGCCACAUAACCACGUAUUUACCGAGCAUCAGUUCUCAGAUUGAUGCCGCUUAUGACAUCCCAGCCAAAGGCGUGGCGUACAUAUUCACCGGUCAUAAGUACUGGGUGGUUGAACAGCUUAAGACGAAAAGUCGCGCUGGCUCCAUUUACGAGUACGGCUUCUCUUCCAGAGUCAGGCGGGUUGAUGCUGCUGUGCAUGUCAGCGAAUACGGGAAAACAAUGUUCUUCGUAGGAGAGUUUUAUUACAGGUAUGAUGAGCACAAUAGGAGAAUGGACCCUGGCUUCCCCAGACUCAUCCGGAACGAUUGGUCUGGAAUCCCCAGAAGAGUUGAUGCUGCAUUUAAGUUACAAGGUAGCAUCUUUCUCCUCUCUGGAACAAAAUCCUACCAGUAUGACUUCAGACAAAAGCAAGUGGUGAAUGUAAUUCCAGGAAAGUCUUGGCUGGGAUGCUGAACUGAAACAGAAGUGAGAAAGACAGCGAGAAUUCCUCAGUUAUCAAAUUACAAAAAACCCUCUGAAUAUGUUAAGCUAAGAUAACCAUGUAGCGGUAUAGUAGUUGUGCUACAUUUUUUAAGCAUAUGUGUACUUGCAUGUAAAUUAUACUAACUGUAUCUCUGAUUAUACUAAUCCUGUGUCUCAUUCGUUUCUUAUGUACAUUUGUAGUAAUACUUCUUAAUCUGUGCAUGAAUAUACUAAGUACUUAUAUUGUGAGAGUCAAAUGUAAGGUGUACAUUUUUUUAGUACUCCACACUUAUUGAAGAACAUGUACUCAAAUCUUCUUUUAAAAUGUACAUCCAGUUAAAUUACGCCUUCAGGAGCUUACCAGUGAACUCAGUAGGAUGUUUGUUAUUAAACUCACCUCAAUAAAAAAGAA